AUGCCAAAAUCACACAAGGAGGAUUCGCUGAGCACGCUGGCCAACAGGAUCUUUGCCGUCAUGCUGGACGACAUUGUAAUGGACGUGACUCUCCAAGCCCACCAGGAGAUCGCACGUGGCAGGGCUCUCUGCCAGGUCUGCAAAACAUAUGCAACAGCUGCAAUUCCGGUGUGCCAUGUCCCUGAGACCUCCACCUACCUAACCUUCCACGCAGUCCAUGCCCCGACAUACCUCCCUCCCUCCCGACAAUCAACCCCGUCUGCCAGCGGCUCAGCCUCGCCCACCAAGUCCGACGGAAACCUGCUGUUGGAGUGCUUAAUCUGCUCGCGCCAGAUUGCCUCGAAUCGCUAUGCGCCGCAUCUCAGCUCGUGCAUGGGGCUCUCGACCACGCGCCGCGGCUCGUCGCGUGGGACGACUAAAUCCAAACCGCCGUCUGAAGAGGACGGAUCGGAAUCACAGGAGGAAACAUACUCGGAGGAUGGGAAGGGCGGCAAGGGCAAGAAACAACACAGGACCGACGAUGCGGAUUUCAACCUCAAGAGGAAGAGGGACUCGCCGCAGGUCACGCCGAACAAGAAACAGAAAAAACAGGCUGGAAAGGGCUCGCCUGUGAACCGAGUCAAAUCGUCUUCAGACUCUUUUGGCAGCCCACUGCAAUCGCCGUCGGUGAAGACGCAGUCCAAAGUGCCGUCCAGGUUGCGUGAGUCGUCCGUCGCGUCGGCCGUUGAGAGAUCCCCGACGGUCUCUUCCCGCUCCUCGUCGCCCGUGCAGAUGGAGAGCCCCGGGGCAUCGUCCUCCUACUCAUUCCAGAGCCCGCACCUCGCGGCCAGGACCCCAAACAAGACUAUCCGACAGAAUAGCGCGUCGAAUGUGGACCCGUUGAGGCGAUCGCCCCCGCGGCCGGUUGUCGACGAUUAUCUAGAUGAGGGUGACGAGACUGGCUCGUCGACCGAUACAGACAGUUCCUAGCAGGAAAUGAUAACGGGGUAUCUAGAUGUUGAUCUGUCUAUCGUGGAAAUGUAAUUACAGUACUAC